AUGUCAACCAAGAAAAUCGAACAGUGGGAAGUCGAGCGCUACUGGGAGAUCUUCGCAUCACUGUCUAAUGGCCAACCGCGCCUAAACAACUCCCAAGCGGCCUCGGUGCUCAGGAACAGUCGGCUUCGCGAUGACCAGCUUGAAAAGGUUUGGGAUUUGGCUGAUGUCGAUGGAGAUGGAGAGCUGGAUUUCGAGGAAUUCUGCGUCGCAAUGCGCUUGGUCUUUGACCUUGUGAACGGGGAAUUACAAGAAGUCCCCAAUGUUCUACCGGAUUGGCUUGUUCCUGAAUCCAAGUCCCAUUUAGUUCAUGCGACCCGUGCUCUGAGCGGUGGUCAAGAGCAAUUUGAGCGGAUCGAGGAUGAGGAUGACACUCCUGGGCUAAAAGACGGGUUUGAAUGGUAUAUGAAUCCGUCCGAUAAGUCCAAAUACGAGGAUAUCUUUUCUGCCAACAAGAACCAUCGCGGGGACAUUACAUUCGAAUCACUAUCACCCCUUUAUGAGUCGCUCGAUGUCCCAGACACUGAUAUUCGUUCUGCAUGGAACCUUGUCAACCCCUCCGCUUCCCCCGCCAUUAACAAGGACGCCACCCUCGCCUUCCUGCAUAUCCUGAAUUACCGACACGAGGGUUUCCGAAUUCCCCGAACCAUCCCCGCUUCACUUCGGGCCUCAUUUGAACAUAACCAAAUCGACUACCAGAUCGAUAAUGCUCGCCCCGCGCAACGAUGGGGGGCUAAUGGAGACACGGAGACCCGAACUGGCCGCAAGGCGAAGUUCGGCGAUACAUACCUUAGCCGUUUGGGCGCUGGAGGAAAGACUUCAUACACCCCCAAGGGCACCGAUUUCAGUGAUACUAUUCAAGACGAGGAAUGGGAGAAGGUCCGGUUGAGGCGUGAAUUGGCCGAGAUCGAGGCCAAAUUGAACUCCGCCAAUGAAGCUACUAAAUUGGGGAGAGACCGUCCUAGGAACGACGGAAGGCCUAACUGGGUCAUGAUCAAAAAGGAGGCGCUUCAGCUUCUUGAGUAUAAAGAACGUGAACUUCGCGAAUUAAGAGAGGGUUCUGGCCGGGCCAAAGAUGGCGAGAACCUGGAGAGACUGAGAGACGACGUCAAGACCGUUGGUGAACAGGUUGAAGGAUUGAAGAGUCAUCUUGCUCAACGGAAGGACAUCCUUGCCGAUGUACGGGGGCAGAUUGAAGACGAGAGAGUUCGCCGAUAA